CUUUUCCAUUCAACGGACUCAAGUACUCCAGGAUAGAUAAUGCCUAGAAAGACACCGAAUAUCAACUCUUUGGCUAGGGGACGUGUUCGUGCCUCUAUGAACAAGUUCAACUUGUUUAAUUUAUAUAAGAAACCUAGUAUAAAACUUCAGAAUAGUACUUUAUAUCAACAAAAGUUUCGUUCCAAACAAGAAACUAGAGCUUAUCAUGGGGAACAUUUAACUGAACGUCGUUGGAAACAAAUUUUUAACCCAAACUUGGAGUCUGUUGCCCAGUUGGAUGCUUCUUUGAAGGGUUCUUUCGUUGAAGAAACCCCAUUGGUUUUACAAACUUAUGCUAGUUUAGAAAAAAGAUUAGAGUUUGCCGUAUUCAGAUCCAUGUUUGCAUCUUCCAUAAGACAAGCUAGACAAUUCAUCUUGAAUGGUCAUGUUAAAGUCAAUGACGUUGUUAUUAAACACCCAGCUUAUCCUUUGAAAGCAGGUGAUUUAUUCAGUGUCAAUCCAGAAAAAGUUUUAAUUGCCAUGGGUAGAACAAAGCCAAGUCUAGAACAAGCAGUUAAGGUUGAUAAUAAACAAAUCGGUGCUUACAACAGAUACGUCAAAAAGUCUAAGGAAGCCCCAAGAGAGGUUUGGGAGUUUGAACAAUCAAAACCAGCAUCCUUAAAUACCAUCGAUGAACAUGCAGACACUCGUAUCAAGGGUAUCAAAGAUUUCAAUGAAUCUCUCGAGAAAAAUAUGCUUCAAGAACAAAGAAAUACUACUAGAGAAGCGGUAUUAUCAAAAAUAUUAACCACUGCUUCUUCUGAAGAGUCUGUAACUGCUCAGGUUUUUGAAAAUCUUUAUGGUAAAAGAAAUGCAGAAAGAUGUUUCCUUAUUUAUGAUAAAUUGAAGAAAGCUGAUCAUAAAUUAAUCAAAGAACAUUCAAUUGAAGACGCAAAAACUUUCAUCACCACCAAAUCCAAUGAAUUCGCAUCCGAAGCCCAAGCUAAACUUGCUAGUGGAGUCAAGAAACCGUUACAAGAAAUUGUUUCUCAUCAAUUGGAAUACCUUAGAGUAUCUGCUCAAUCGGGUCAAUUACCUGAAUCAUCAAAAGAACUUCCAUUCGAUCCUGAAUUUAACAAAGACUUAGAUUUCCACCCUAAAUUAGAUAAGGAUGCUGUUCUUGAAGAUGAAUCAUCUGCUGUAGUCGACCUUCCAUGGCAAAAAGGUUUAUUUGGCCGUGAAGAUCCGGCCAAACCUUACUUUUCUCCUUGGACUCCUAGACCUUUUAUUGGUGCUUUUGCAAUUUUACCAUCUCACAUUGAAAUCAACUUCCCAACUUGUCAUGCUGUUUACUUGAGAGAUCCUGUUGCCAGACCAGGCCACUCUGAAGUUAUCUCACCUUUCCACACUGAAAUCCAUAAGAGAGCUUACAUGUUCUACGUUAGAAAAGGUUUAUAAUCAAGUACGAUAUUUAUACGGAGAUAUUCAUCUUUGUUUUAAUUCUUCCUAUGUCAAUAAACUUCUCGUUCCUUGUAUAUAUAUAUAUUUACGUUAAUCUAAGU